AUGCUCGGUUCGGAGCCUGAGCCGCCGCUGCUCUCGCGGAUCGUCGGAGUUCCACCGCCACCGCCACCUCGCGCACCUACUACUGCGUUAUUACGUCGACCGUCGUCGACCGUCACACCUAAAGAGCCACAAAAACAACAGGAGCCGAAACGUGACGACGCUAGGAACAAAUACAGCGAAAGCCCGUACAAGGAAAAUCAGCGUACUCCACUAGAGAAAGCACGUCAUCUCGACAAUCUUCCUUCAUAUCAGGCUCAAAAACUACUGGACGGCUCACAUCAACUACGUAUAGACACGCAUCACGUUGGAGCUCCUGGCCACGGCGCAGGCCACGGUCAUAAGAAGGAGUUUGGUCCUGCAAUGAUUCUCUACUAUCUUGCAUCCGCAUUUCGCGCUCUAUAUCCACGACUAGACGAUGACUUUGUCGAUAAGCUCAACUAUUAUUAUACCACUACUAUUUUGGCCUCCUUUGCGUUACUUGUAUCAGCGAAGCAGUACGUCGGAUUUCCAAUUCAAUGUUGGGUUCCAGCAACAUUUACUGAUGCUAUGGAGCAGUAUACGGAAAAUUAUUGUUGGGUACAAAAUACCUAUUGGGUUCCAAUGCAGGAGGAUAUUCCUCGCGAAAUUUACUCGCGUCGCAAUCGUCAAAUUGGUUAUUAUCAAUGGGUGCCUUUCAUAUUGGCAAUAGAAGCCCUUCUAUUUUAUGUGCCAUGUAUACUUUGGCGUGGUUUACUGUAUUGGCACAGUGGAAUCAAUCUACAAGGUCUCGUUCAAAUGGCGUGCGAUGCACGUCUAAUGGAUUCCGAAGUGAAAACAAGGACUGUCUAUACUAUGGCACGACAUAUGCAGGAUGAAGUGCAAUUGACAAAUAUUGACCGAUCCGGACAUUCACGGACAUGCUUCUCAAAUAUGCAAAUAGGAGCGAAUUGUGGUCGACAUUGUGGUUGCUACGUAACAAUGCUUUAUAUUGGUAUUAAAAUUCUAUAUUCGGCAAAUGUCUUGUUGCAAUUUUUUCUAUUGAAUCAUCUACUCGGCUCGAAUGACCUAGCUUAUGGCUUCUCAUUAUUAAAGGAUCUUAUGCACGAAAUUGAAUGGGAACAAACCGGAAUGUUUCCACGUGUUACACUCUGUGACUUUGAGGUGCGCGUGUUAGGGAAUAUUCAUCGGCAUACCGUUCAAUGUGUGCUCAUGAUUAAUAUGUUUAAUGAGAAGAUAUUCUUAUUUCUAUGGUUCUGGUUUUUAACUGUUGGUGUAAUCACUGUAUUUAACACUUGUUAUUGGAUAUUAAUUAUGUUUAUUCCUAGUCAGGGGAUGUCAUUCGUUCGGAAGUACUUACGUGUACUUGCCGAUCAUCCGGCUAAACCUAUUGCUGAUGACGUAACAUUACGGAAGUUCACCAAUAAUUUCCUGCGGAAAGACGGUGUCUUUAUGUUGCGUAUGAUAUCAACACAUGCUGGCGAAUUGAUGAGCAGUGAGCUAAUUCUGGCACUAUGGCAGGAUUUUAAUAACGUUGAUCGUUCGCCGACACAAUUUUGGGAUGCUGAACAUGGACAGGGAACACUUGACUAG